CAGGUUGCGCUCUGCCACACCGGAGUACGACUUGGAAGGUUUCGAGUUCUUCACGAUCAUACUCGAUAAUUCCUCCAGGAGGCAGGUAUAUAAAAGGAGAGAUCUCCUCUUCACCAUCACUUUAUCAUAGCUCUGCUAUUUGCUACAUCACUGCUUGAUCCAUGCUGUAGAGGCUGCCUGACACUUUUAUGAAGAUGCUAGAUGGCCAUCAGCCAAAGAAUGUGAAGCUUCGACAGGCCGGCAGCGGGCUUCACAGGCUGUGGGACGUGGAGGUGUUGUUCAGGUAUGACGGCAACACCACGCUCACCGUGAAGGUGUUCAACACGACUAUGUGUCGCAUGCGCUACCACGACAACGACGAUGCCAGCAAUGGGAGCAGCAAUAGCGACUCUGGCUACAGCAAGAGUAGUAGUGACUCUGGCUGCAACAAAAGCAGCAUCGAGGAUGAGGAGGAAUGGAGUGGGGAAGAAGAGGAGUAGAGUGGGGAUGAGGAGGUGCAGCCUAUUCUGUCCGACGAUGACCUCGUGAUGGUGGUGGCUGGCGAUGGCCAAGCGAUGGUGGUGGCUGACGAUGGCCAAGUAUUUUACCAUGAUGUUGGAUGGAAC